GUCAGGUUUCAUUCUGAGAGAGACUCGAGCGCGCAGCAGCCAGUAACACAAACCCGUCAGAUGGCACGACUGAAGCACACGGACUCCCACUAGAGCAGAGGAUCUCUCAACACUUAUCUCCAUGCACUUGAAUGAGCAGCAUGCCUCUGUUGAGGACGUUUUGAAGAUUGAUAUUUACACGUGAAUAGCGGGUUAAUUGCCUGAAAAGAGAACUUUAAUCCGUUUAUUUGAGCGCGACCCCCAUCAGCGUGAUAAAGUGCUGGAUAAACAUCAAAUUGCCUACAUAAGUCUCACAGACAUGGAGGACAUGAAAAUGCGAAUAUCACCUGAGUUCAGUCAGGAGAGGACCUGCGUUCAGCAUCCCUGCCAAAAGCGCCUUCUGACAAACUGGAAGGACGUGUGUGGAAUCUGCGUGUGUUUGAUCUCGUUUGGAGUUUGUGUGUUGCUCUACCUGAGGACGUCAGAUCUGCAGUCCAGGGUGCUCAGUUUGGAAAAAGACAGAGAUCCUCGUAUCUCCGGUUGGAUCUCUGUGGAACAGGUGGAGCCCGUCCUGUGGAGUCGACUGGAUCAGAUAUUAGAGGAGAAAUUAGCAGCACGUCUUCCGAAGAUCCGGUUGGCUCGGGAUGCACCUCAUAACUGCAUCUGUCCACCAGGACCUCCCGGUUUGAGGGGAAAGAAAGGCCGUGAUGGGGCUUCAGGUAGGUCUACAGUACGAUAUGCCUGUGCCUGCAAUGCCACGAACUGCUGUUGUGUGUAAGCUGCUACGUAUGUG